AGACAGCUUCUUCCCCAGCCAGUCAGUCGGAAGGCACAAUCCAAAGCGAGCGGUCACAAAUCCGCAGUACCCAACCAGAAACGGAUGGAAAUCAGUAUUGCACCGAUGUCCGGGACAUUCUGGAGUGGAAUUGAGGAAUAAGUUUCGACGGUGAAAAAAGUGGUCAAUAUAAUUAAUUCCCAUUCAAUGGAAUUAACACUGUAAUCAUAUUAAUUAUCCAAAGUGAAGAACGAACGUCUUUUAAGGGACGACUGCCUCCUGAGGCAAGUGCAGAAAUCGAAAAUCCUUUCGAAGAAAGUUUCUAUUGGAAAGUGAAAAUUAUACGUUCUUACGGUACUCGCUACUCAAAAGUGUGCGUUUGGCCAAAGGCUAACGACUCUCCGCUGAUCGAGUCCAGUUCAGUCUUGCUCGGUCCGGGAACAGAGAAGGCAGUUUUUCUCGUUGCAGUUGCUUUGGGUGUGAGACAGUCCCGGAGGCUGCAGUAGGUGUUGAAGAAAGAAAGAACGGUCCUCGAUAUCAACUACAUCAUCAGCGGAGGGGAAGACCUGUUUGAAGCACCGAUCGACGACCGCAACACGAACGCUUCAGCGUGAUCUCUUCAAGCUGGACUAGGGAGGAAAGGUGCGCUCGAGCGCAUUCCAAGGCGCACAUAUUCCAGAAACAGGCGCGGAGAGAGAUCGAGAAACACAAGUGGACAGCAAAGUGAAGGAGAAAAUAACGCAAUGAAGCCCAGAUCCAUUUUGUUGAUGUGCCUUUUGGCGGGCACCGCAUUGUCCAGGCCAAAUCAGGAACCAAUCUUCUACCGUUCCAACAAUCCCCUGGAGGUGACAGAGGAGCUUAUUCCGACAACGAACGCUCUACCAUUGGUCGCGUCCGGUGGUGACUCAGAUCAUCAGACAUCGACCGGUGCAAGUAGUGGCACGAAGAAUAAUUCAGAAGCACAAGCGACGUCGACCACAACCUCAACACCGUUGGCUCAGGAUCACAUAAGCAGCCCAGUAUUUAAACGGCCGGAAAAUGCCCCGAAAACAAAAAUCGGAACAUCGGGCUACGUGGUAUCUACCAGCACUAGAAUCCUGACCAGCGCAGGUUUGCAUCAACCAUCGAAGGCGAAUACUGGCGAAGCGAAAGCCAACGACCAGAUUGUUACGUUCGAUAAUUUUGCCAGUCACAGUGGAGUCGCUGAACCGAUGUCUGAGGAGGAAUUUCACGAGUUCAGCAAAGCAAACGACAGAAUACGCAUUAGGGUGCAACCGACAACGACAACCCCUAAAGAGGGCUUAUCCACUUGGGUCCUUCUCAGUGAGAGCAACUCGCCUACUUCUACCGAAUCAAAAAAAGAGAUCUUCACUACCACCAGACCACAUACCACUGCCACGACUAGACGAACAGUGACCACCAGUGCGCGGAAACCGCUGACUACUGCAAGGCGUCGGACAACGACAAUAAACACUCGAACGACAACCGUUUCGGAAGAAAAGAAAGACAAGAACAAUAAAUUCAUGACCAGAAUCAAGGUGACUGAUGGACCGAAACCAAAAUUGGAAGACAAACUAGAUACUAUAACCAAGAAAACGAAGAAACCUUUCACGCCAACGAGCGCGAAAACUACAACAACGACAACAACGUUAGCGCCGACCACGACAACUACUGAACUGUCUGUGACUGAGUCUCCUCUUGGACCAACCGCAUCUGAUGAACAGAAUUCCGAUGACAACACUGUGGAGACAUCGACCUUCCUCAUCUUGGAACCUAAGGAUGCUCUGUUUGAUUUGCCGGAAGAUAGAUCACCGUCCAAAGUAGCAAAGAAGAAAGUUACUCGGAAGCCAGCCGCUGCAGCUAACAAGAAGAAACCAGCUACCAAGAAAAAGAAGCCAGAAGUGAAGGACGCUGCUCUUAAACCGAGUGAAAAGAAACCACCUGCGAAGAGCAAGCCAAUGACCACUCAGAUAAUGAACUAUCUCUCCCGUGAAGUCAUGCCAACAGUUGGUGUAGGUUUGGUAGGGCUGAUGAUAACUGCAGGCUUAGCAUCUUACUUCCUUGGUAGUCCUUUGACAGCUGCAUUACGGCGAUCGGACGAAACUAAUCGCAAAGACGAUGUCUACUAUUCCAACAUUGAAGAUUACGCCACAUCUGAUGGCCAGAACGAGGAAGAAGUUUUCGGCAAAUUGAUCGCCGGAAUGCCAGAACGUUCUUACUACCGUAAUACGCUGAGACGACGAGUGAGUCAGCCAGUGCGGACUGGACAUCAAUAUGGAAACUAUCACGUACAAAGCUAUUCAGUUAAUAAGUACCCUCAAAUCAACUACCGUAACCAGCCGCGUCCAGCUUAUGCAGGAACGCCAGAAAUGUACACCAAUUAUAACCGCCAAGUGCAGGCCAAGUCUCAUAACGAAUUCUACUAUAACACUCCACCAAGCUUUUACACCAAAUCCAGCUCUCCCGUUUAUGUAGCUCCGGAAAGUACAACCUUUUCACCGAGCACUACCAGCAGCACUAAUGUCCCACUAACGAGCGCGGAACCCGUCUCAGAAGAAAUCUCCCAAGACAUUUCCGAGCAAGACCACGAACUCCUUCCAAACCCAGCGGCCUACACUGCAGAGCAUAGCCCGGAACAUCACGCUCAGUAUGUCGUUGGAAGUGUCUAUCAUCAGGACAACAGUAUGAUCGACAUCAUCACUUCCGCCCCUGUUCCUGAGCACGGACCCCGACGCCGAAAGCGUGACAUCACUAGUGCGGAAAACGAAAUCGAUAACGAAAUCGACAAUGAAAUCAUCGGAAGUGAUGAUAGAAAGCCAGAAGAAAAGAUAACCAGCACAAGUGCUACAACAACGACCGCCACAGAAACCAUGGAUAUGUUCGUCCCUACGACCGAGGGUGAGACAGGAGAGACCAACCCUGUUCCAUCGGGUGAGCGACCAAUUAGUUGGUCCGAGCUGAUCCGGAAUACCGUCGAGAUGAAACUGGUCGUGGGCAUCAAUCUGCUGCAGCACGUGACGAGUCAGUUCCAGAGAUAUCUGCAUGGCGUCCAGCAUCGUGUCGAAGAGCACUUCAAUCAAACCAGCAGCGUGGUGCAGCAUUGACAUCGGCCUCUGCUACUCAGCUGCUUGUUUUAGUUUAUGGCAUUUAAGACUCACUCAGUGCACAAUAUGCGAAUGAGAAAGAACGGUUCUUUAUCGAAAAGAGUUCAACUUGCGGGUACGAGUUUGAGGACUGAAAUCUCGUUUGUCGGAGAACUGACUCGUCGUUGGAAAGAAAAUUGAGAAAAUUCCCUUAACCCCCUUAUCUUUAUUGUCUCAUCUUUCGACUGACUGAUCAAACCAAAACUUAACCAAAAAUGGGUAAUGAGAAUUCUUUCCUGAUUUCGUACCGAAUUCGAAUACUAAUCGAAGUAGGCACCAGCGAGUUGAAUUAUGUUUAGCCUUCAGCCAAGCCUGCAGCUGCUGUGCAUCAACCCGUGCAAAAUCCAUGGCAUAUUUGUUUCGGUGUAAAAAAGUUGAGUGGCUUGUUGCUGAAGGCUAUUUUAAGACGGAUAUUCACAUGUGCACCAUUUUUUAUUUAAAAAUCCCAGUUAUUCUGCACCUUUUUCAGUGAAAAAUAAAACAGAAACGAAAGAAGGCAACCGAAAUAAAGUAAAACAAAUAAGAAACAUGGCGAUGGUGUUGUGAAUUUUAUUUAUUUAUUUAUUUUUUUCGACAUCGUUGUACAUAAAAUUUAUGGUGUUUUAUUCUUACUUUUAAGCGAUAAUACAUGGAAAUGAGUUUUCUUAUUGUGUCUGUGGAAAUAAAUUAUUUAUUUUAAUACAUACAUAUUGGGUGUUCUAUAAAUAUAAUAAAUUAGGAAAGUUGACGCAUA